UGCACCCCCGUGUGCUGCGCCCUCUGCACCUGCAUCCCCGCCUGCUGCACCUCUUGCACCCCCGUCUGCUGCGCCCUCUGCACCUGCAUCCCCGCCUGCUGCCCCCUCUGCACCUGCAUCCCCGCCUGCUGCCCCCUCUGCACCUGCAUCCCCGCCUGCUGCCCCCUCUGCACCUGCAUCCCCGCCUGCUGCCCCCUCUGCACCUGCAUCCCCGCCUGCUGCCCCCUCUGCACCUGCAUCCCCGCCUGCUGCCCCCUCUGCACCUGCAUCCCCGCCUGCUGCCCCCUCUGCACCUGCACAUCUGCCCCGUCUGCCUCUGCCCAUCCUUGCUGCCGGUAUCCGCACUUUUCUCCAGCGCUGUCUGCAGGCUGCUGCUCCCCCCGGCACCUCGCUGUCCCCCCAGCCCCACAGGACCUUUCCCUGCUCCCUGCUUCGCUGCCCAACCUGUCCCUGCUGUCCCCAGAGCGAAGCGUGGGCCUGGACAGACGGCUCCAAGCUGCACUACUUAGCCUGGGACGAUGA